UAAGCUGUUUUGCAAACCGCCAGUUAAAUCCAUCGCAGAAGAAGAAGCGAGGGGACGCAUCCCGGUGUUCAUCAUUUCAUACUAAGGUUGCAGCUUUCCGAGUGACCUGAACGCUCCAAAAUGGUGAAAAUAUUCAUCGGGAACUUGGCCCAGGAAACCACAUCAGAUGAACUUCGCUCUCUCUUCUCCCAGUAUGGGAAGAUCGCAGAAUGCACUAUUGUCAAGAACUUUGGCUUCGUGCACAUGGACGACAAAGCGGAGGCAGAAGAAGCCAUCAGUAACCUCCAUCAUUACGAGCUCAACGGUCAGCCAAUGAAUGUAGAGCUGAGCCGAGGCAAGUCGCGAGGAUCGGCUAAACUACACGUGGGGAACAUCGCCUGCACCAACCAGGAGCUGAGGGCCAAGUUUGAGGAGUUUGGAGCUGUGUUGGAGUGUGACAUAGUCAAGAACUACGCUUUUGUUCACAUGGAGCGAAUGGAGGACGCCAUGGAGGUCAUUAGUCAGUUAGACAACACAGCGUUUAAAGGCAAACUGAUGAGCGUGAAGCUUUCGACUAGCCGCCUGCGUACUGCGCCGGGAAUGGGAGACAGAUCGGGUUGUUAUCGUUGCGGGCAGGAAGGCCACUGGUCCAAAGAGUGCCCUCUAGACCAAAAUGGCUACCACAGAAACGGCUCAGAGCCAAACUCUGAUGGAUACGAUGCCUCGAGAUUCGGCGGGCGUGGUCGCAGCAGGGGUUAUCAUCCGGACUUCAGCGUCGAGCCAGAUUACGGCACAGGCUACGCUCCUGUUCAUGGUUUUCCACGGGGUGCUGCUCACAGCAGCGCCAUGGCAGGGUACAGAAGGAGCACGGGCUACGAGAGUGCAAUGAGAUACGGGCCGCCCCCGGGUUACGGCAUUAGUGCUGGUGCUGACCAUAGCAUGGCUCGGAUGUACGGCAGCGAAGCAGCUUACAGGACUAACAGCUCAUUCUAUGGCGCGGUACCUCCCUAUCCCAUGCGGCGGUCGCCCUACGAGGAACGGGAUCCGUACGGUGUCGUGGACUACUACGAGAAGUACAGGGCCAGUUAUUAUGAAGAUCGUCGCGCUGUUCCCAUGCCUCCUCCUACAACCUCCUCCACGGGUUUAACGAGGGAGCGUCUGCCCCCCUCUAGCCACGACCUUUACGAGUGUCCUCCCUUCCCUCCUCCACCAGCCCCCGUCUCCUCAUAUUACCCACGUGAGCGGAGUCCGAUUCGGAGAGUCCCUGCCGAGGCAGAUGGAUACACAUACGAGCGCUCGCGCCUUUCCCCGGUGGCCGCCCUACAGAGAAGUUCUACCUACGAGGUUCCGCGGGAUCAGGGUGCUGAGCGGGCACGAUAUGCUUACUGAAUCUUGUCCCAUGAAAUCUGGGGAGAGCUUGGUGACUUCUAGUGGGGGGUAGGGUAGCCGAAGUGCCAUUGGUAUCAAACAUUAUAUCUCAUUGGUAGGAUUAGCGGUACCAGUCAGAUCUCUGCAUGUAAAGCGUGUGGGCUGUAAGAACUUAGCUUAAAAAUCCAAACCGCUUCUGAGUAGUCAUUCCAGGUUCAAAUAAAAAAUGCAGUAAGUCCUUAAAAGCUUUUGUCUUCUUUCUGUGUUGUUGUGUUAGUGCAGCUCUGAGAGAGUCUCGCCUUAUUUUAGAUGUUAAUUCUUUUAUCGAGGACCUUCUUGACGAGUGUAGUUACGUGUUUAUUAGGAAGACUUAGUUUGUAGAAACCAGUUACAUUAGUGCAUGUCUCGAGGUGUUUUCAGACUAUACAGCAGAUUUCUCCACACACAAAGACAAUGCAAACAUAUAGGAUUGUACUUUGUGAAACAUAUCGGGAACACGUCGUUUACCAAGUUGAAGAAGUUUAACUAAAUUGAGAAAUUAGCAUGAAGCUGUUUUGCAAACGUCUUUUAAGUUCUGAGCUCCUCAUGUCCUGAGAUUGACCAAACCUCUCUUAAAAAAAAAGAAGAAUUUUUUAAGUUGUUUGCUUGACGUCUUGCAGACAGAAUUGACAUCCAGACUUUUGACAAAUCUGCAUCUUGAUGUUGUUUUUCUUUAACGUUAUUUUCUCUUUAUUGCAUUUAAAUCUGCAGAAUCUGUUUGUUUUGGGUUCAUAGCGCUUUAAUAAGCCAGAUUCAAGCCAAGUUUUGACCUGCAAGGAAGGGUGCCAAAAUUUUUUCCGGUACUUCUAUACUUUCUGAAACAACAUUUUAGAACUAUUCGCUGUCGAGACAAGACCAAGACCAUAAAUAUCUCUGAAAAAUCAUCAUCUUGGAUGCCACUCACCCAUAACACCGGGAAGGUUGAGGCAGUAACCACAGGCUAAAAAUCAAACUAUAAAUGAAUUGAAGUUAUUUAUUCUUUUAAAAAGAGACGUUUUCCUUCUAAUCACAGUUAUGGUGGAAAAAUAGAUCAGUGGUGAUCUUGACCGGUCUUGAGUUUAAACCCACAGUCCGCCUGGUCUGAGACCGAGACCUUCAAAAAGUGGUCUCUCGAGACCAAGACUGAUUUCAAGUACUACAAUAGUAAUCUUCAGUCAUAGCGUGCAGCAGUUUGUCUGCAACUUUUAUUUAUUAAAAAUCCAGAAAACAAGUAUUGGAUGCCUCAGACUUCUGUUUUUGUUGCCGUGGUAACACAACAGGUGUCGAUAUUGUUUAAUUUUUACGAUAAAAACAAAUUGAGUUUUUAAAUUCUGGUAUCGUGACGGCCCUACGUGCUCGAUAGCAGAGAGAUACGGAGAAGGUUUCUUAAAGUGUUAUGAAUCCAAACAGGACUUCAGAUUGCCGCUGUAUGUGAAAGGGCAAAUAUUUGGUAGUUGUGUUGAAAACCGUGAGCAAACAUAAGUGAUCCUUUUGGUCAAACUUGCGUUAGAAAACAGAUGAAAAAUUGCUACACUUUCAGUUGAAAUACACUUCAAGGGUUACAAUUUCCUUAGCAGUAUGUCAUGUAUUGAUCUGUGCAUUUAAGUGUUUUUUUUACAACUUUAAACCAGGCGUUUUCAGACUGAGAGGUUCGUUUUUGAGAUCACACGACUGCUGGAAUAGCCAGCGGGUGGUUGGUAUACUCGCAUUACAUAUUGCAACACGGAGGAUUGCUUGGUCGUAGCUGUUGGUUUGUUUUGCCUCGUGGGAGUUCAAAAGAAGAGACUUCUUUCUGAAGCAGUCGGACUUCAUCGCUGGCCUCUUUUAUUUGUGUUUCGGUCCAGACUACCAAGCUUUUGUAGGAGUUUGAAAGCUCCCAUAUCGUCCUCAUGUUCUCCUCUCAUGUCGUCAGUCUGUAAAACCUUUAGAGCAGCUUUACAUGAUCUUAUUUAUCUGACACGAGUCAGUAAAAACCCUAAUUUUCAGCUGCUGUACUUUAAGGCCCCCCUCCCCAUGUGCCCACUCUCUUCUGAUUGGUCAGCUCUCUGGAAGCCUUCCUGGGGAGAACAGAAUGCUGCAGGGCUGCCAGGGGAGGGCUGCUCUCCAGAGCUGGGAGAAGAGAGUCUAUGUAAGAGGUUUCAGUGGCUCACGUAGAGGCUUGAAGCCGUCUGGUGAAAUUCUUGGUUUCACAUCGGGGAACUAUGGCGUGAUUUACAGAAUAAGUCGUUCAGCGCCCUCUGCAGACUCAUCCUGUGACUACAUCAACAUGCGUUAACCUCAUGAUCUGAAACUUUGCCCACGUUUAGUUUGAUCAUCCAGCAUUGUAACUCUAUAUGAGAGUUUUAAAAUCCAAUUUCUUGCCGGUUGAACCCCUGGUCUGAAAACGCUUUUGUUACAUGUUGCAUUAUGUGAAGCUAAAAUCGUAGAAAACUGUGCGCUUCAUCGUCUCCUCUGUUUAACCUGUGAACUGUCGCUCUUUUACCAAAUAUGGAUCUGCACAGUAGUAAAAAUAAAAAUAAAAAAACACAUGGUUUCCUUUCUGUGACUGGGUAAUAUCAAACCUUUUUGUGAAAUAAUUUUUCUGACGGUGCAUCCUGAUCAUGUUGUUUUUGUGACACAUCAGUUAAGAAAAUUCACUUUCAUUGUUGUAAUAAGUGUGAAGUUUCAUAUUAAACAAUUUAGUUUCAUGAUUAAAAUGACCUCUGAUGCC